UUGUCACUUGGACGCUUGAGUACUCAAGGCCCGUAAUAAUUGAACAUGGCUGCAAGACGGCUCGGCAAGGUGUCUCUGAAGAAUACUGCAUUACUGUUGUGUGACAUGCAAGAGAAGUUUCGUGGAAAUAUAAUGUAUUAUCCACAGAUUAUCGAGGUGGCCCGACGAAUGUUGGAUGGUGCCAAUGCUCUUGACAUGCCCGUGAUUGUAACGGAGCAGUAUCCCAAAGGGUUGGGGCAUACGGUGUCCGAGUUAGACGUUAGCCAACUGAAAGUCUUUCCAAAAACCCAUUUCUCAAUGUUGAUACCAGAGGUUGUGGAUCAUAUCAAAACCUUGAAAGAUAUCAACUCUGUGAUGAUAUGUGGCAUCGAAAACCAUGUGUGUGUCCAGAACACAGUCCUCGACCUUUUAGAGGACAAUUUCGAUGUUCACAUCGUUGCAGACGCCUGCUCAUCUCGGUCAAUGACAGACAGGAUGUAUGCCUUUCAACGGAUGAAGGAUGCUGGAGCUUACAUGACAACCAGUGAAAGUAUGCUGCUAGCAUUGGUGGGCGGGGCUUCACAUCCAAGAUUCAAACAAGUCCAGAAAAUCAUCAUGACGUCAGCCCCCGAUACUGGCCUCCUGACCACCAUCAAAGGGGAAACUGCUGUGUGAUUUGAAUGAUUUUGUGUUUGAUAUCUAAUGAGAAGUGAAGUGCCAUUGUGAUUCUAAAUACACAUUGAUUCAUAUUUAGUUUCAUUUAUUGUGAUAUGGUGCAUUUUAUUGUGAUAUUAGAUAUAGUAUUACAUGUAUCUUGAAAACUGGAGAUGACAUGAAAUUUAUAUGAUUUGAUACUGAUAUUUUGAUCAGAAGGAAUUGUUGUAUUAAACUGUAGGUGCUCUCUGAACAUGUAUUAAUGAUUGAUAUAGAAAAUUGCACUUUGGAUGUUAAGUAAAUGCUGGUCAGGAUGGAUUUUUACACUAAAUGAAUCAGGAUUUCUAGUGUAAAGCCAGAAGUGGAAUAAUUUUCUUUUUUAUCAAAAAUAAAAAGAAUGAUAUUUAA